AUGGCUCGUUUCAGUUAUAGUACACUGAAGUCUGAUAAGAAAUUGUGGGAAAUCAGAUGUAAAUUUGCUGGAUCGGGGUGUAAUUGGAAGUUACGUACGACCUUGAUCUCGAACUCGAAACGUUGGAGUGUAAGAAAACACAAUCCUAUUCAUAGUUGCAAGCCCGUAUCAGAAUCAAGUGAAGCUAUGAAAGGUACAAAGAAAUUGGUUAGAGAUUAUUUGAAGGAAGAAUUUCCCGGUAAACUCGAUUGUACUCCUACAGCAAAUGAAAUAAUAGACCGUGUGAAAUCCAAAUACGGCACAACUGUAACGUAUUUGACAGCAUUACGAGGCAAACACAUAGCUGAAAGUGAGAUUCGAGGUGAUCCUAUUGAGCAUUUUAGGAAACUUCCCGGGUGGUUGUAUAUGCUGCAGAAGAGAAACCCCGAAACAAUUGUAAGUCUUGAGUUGGAGAAAGAUGAGAAAAGCUUCAAAUACCUCUUCAUUGCAUUGGGUGCAGCGGUAAGAGGAUGGAACUACUUGCGUAAAGUUGUUGCUAUUGAUGCAACAUUUUUGACAGGUCAGUACAAAGGCACAUUGGUCGUUGCAACUGCACAAGACGGUGACCACCACCAAUAUCCGUUAGCAUGGGGUAUAAUCGACAGAGAGAAAGAUGCAUCAUGGAGGUGGUUUAUGGAAAAGUUAACAAUGGCAAUCCCAGAUGGACCUGAUGUCGUCGUGAUAUCUGAUCGACACAGAAGCAUAAUAAAGGCCGUUAGAGAAGUGUACAAAGAAGCUGGCCACGGAUUUUGUGCGAGGUAG